AUGAUGAAUAUAUUGGCAUAUGCCGGUUGUAUACAUCAAUUUCAAAUAAAUGCUAAUGGUCAUGUUCAAAUUGAUAUAUAUGGAUAUGAUAGUAAUACAGAAAGAUUUAUAAAUGCCAUUGAAAAGCCAUUAAUACCAUCAACGAUAACGAAAUCAAAUAAGUGUAUUAUUGUUGGUUCACAUAUAAUUGAUAAAGGUCUUCUGGUUCUUUUACACCUUAUUACAUCAAAUAGUUCAAUUUUAAUGUUUCUUCAAUUACAACCACGUCCAUGGUUAUGUCAUAUACUUUAUACAUUAUCAAUACCAUUAACAAUUCAUGGUUCAAUAAGAUUUCUUUCAAUAAAUGGAUAUAUGAGUAUAUUUAUUAAUGAAGAUAAAACUUCAAAUGGUUUUUACAUAAUUAAUAAUAAUGAACAAAAAUGUCAAAGAAAUAUAGAAUUUAUUCAAUGUUCAUUAUUAACAUAUAUUUAUUGUUAUUUAAAAGACAAUUACUAUUGGUUAAUGGGUAGUGAAAUUGAUUCCGAUACAGGCGAACAAUUGAUUAAAGUUUAUUACGGUUGUUCAACUUCUUUAUCUACGCCACUUGUUUCAUUUAAUACUAAUAAAUUUAUCCCUAUUUCUCUUACUGAUAAUAUUCAAGAUCUAUAUAUUAUUAAUCAUAAACUUCAAUUAAAAACUCGUAUAAUUCUUGGUGAUCUUAUACUAUUAAGUAAAGAUCAUCGAAUACUUACUUGUCAUAAUGGGACAAUAACUCAUGAGCUUUCAAUGAAUAGUUCGAUGAAUUCAAUUCUUUAUUAUCAUACAAUUGAAAAUGAACAAUUAUUUCUUGUUAAAAAACAAGAUAAUAAUUCCAUAGAGUUAUUUCAAUAUGAUGAUGAAAAUUUUACAUUAACAUCAUUUUUAAAUACACAUGAAACAGCUGAUUAUAUUCUUAUGGAUGAUUUUACACAAAUUGGAUGGAAACAAAUAUUAUUUUUAAAAAAUAAUUUGGAUUUUAAUACAUUUUUGUUAACUGAUUUUUCACAGAUACAUAUUUUUCAACAAGAAUCUGAUUGUGAAUAUAAUACUGAAAUGAAACAUUUAUCGAUGGAAACAGAUGAUAUUGAUAUUCAUAAUAGUCUUAUUCUUGCUCAAGAUAUUCUUAGAAAAAAGAUUAUUAAUGCAGAUUUUAUUGUUAAUGAAGGAUAUUUUCAUUGUAAACAAAUUGAAGAUGAUAUUCGAAAAAUCAGUAAUAAAUAUUAUGUUCCAGAUCUUAAUAAACAUACACAAUCAGAUAUUUUACUUCAAAAUUCAACUAAUACAACUUCAAUUCUUCAAUUAAUUGACAAAAAUUGGUUUAUCUAUCGAACUAAUUUAUUCGUCUAUGUAACAAUAAAAAAUAUUAGCAAUAAUACCCUAUCAUCGAUACAUCUAUUUGGUAUUGAUAAACAUACGAAUAAAAUGAAAUUAUUUGAUUUAAAAUCUUCAUUUCAAUUAUUACUAAAUGAACAAAUUAUAUUUAAUUUAAAUCCUAAUUCAUCUCGAACAUUAAUUUUAACAACAUCAAUUGAAUUAGAUAGAGAUAAUGAUAUAGAACUUUAUUUAUUAAUUAACGAUAAUAAUAAACUUUUUCAUAUUAAUUCAAUUCAUAUAUCAAUUGAAGAUUUAUUUAAUUCAAAUAAUGAACGAAUAUUAAAAAUGAAUGCAUUAGAAGUUGAAUCAACGAGUCAUUUUAUGUAUCGACAAGCGUUUAUUUAUAUGAAUACAUUAUUUCGUUUGGAUGUAAAUAUUCAAUCACCAUCGAAAUUCCAUCUUAUUGAAAAUUUUCGACAAUUAUUAAUAAAUCUAGGUUUUAAACAUAUUAUUAGUCUGCCAAAUGUUUAUAUACGAGUUAAUCAAGGAAAUAUUUUUGAACAUGUACUUAUUCAUUUAGUUAAUGAAGAUGAUGUUAUUGAAGAAGAUUUAAUUGUACAUUUUUAUGCUGAGAACUCAAUUGAAUGCAAAAUGUUUAUAAAAUAUAUUUUAUCUAAACUUGAUUUUCAAUCAUUUUCAUUAAUUAAUCCAAUAAAUUCAUCUGAUCAACAACAAAAUCAUUUAAUUUUAAAUCGUAUUCAAUCGGAAUUAACAUCUUAUAUGGAUAUAUUAAAACAAAUUCCAACAAUAAUGCGAAAAGUGGCUCCAACAUCAAAAUCAGAAUCAUAUCGUUUAUUAAAAUUCGAAAAUUUUCAAUUAUUUCAAAAUCAACGUCAUCUUACAGAUUUAUUAUUAGCAUCAUUAAUCAUAGACUAA